AUGAAAACAGCUAAAAUAGUCUUUAAGACGAAGUUUCCUGAAAUGAUUUAAAAUAAACACAGAUGGGAAGAAGGGGAAAGCUGUAAUGAGGCACUUAAAAAAUAAAGUCAGCUUUUCUUAAGAACAAAUGGGACUUUUCAGUGUUGGAGAGAUUGCAAGAAAUGACUUGGAGAUCCUUCCAGAAUGCCAGAGGAAAGUUCUCCCAGGCGGACCCCGCAAAGUGUUCCGUACCAAGACCUCCCUCAUUUGGUCAAUGCUGACGGACAGUACCUCUUCUGCAGGUACUGGAAACCCAGCCGUACCCCCAAGGCCCUCAUCUUUGUGUCCCAUGGAGCCGGGGAACACUGUGGCCGCUAUGAUGAGCUGGCUCAGAUGCUGAUGGGACUGGAACUGCUGGUCUUCGCCCACGAUCAUGUGGGCCAUGGACAAAGCGAAGGGGAGAGGAUGGUAGUGUCCGACUUCCACGUUUUCGUCAGGGAUGUGUUACAGCACGUGGAUGCGGUGCAGAAAGACUACCCGGGGCUGCCCGUCUUCCUUCUGGGCCACUCCAUGGGAGGUGCCAUCGCCAUCCUCACGGCUGCAGAGAGGCCAGGCCACUUCUCCGGUAUGGUUCUCAUUUCACCUUUGGUUUUGGCCAAUCCGGAGUCCGCAACAACUUUCAAGGUCCUUGCUGCGAAGGUUCUCAACCUUGUCCUACCAAACAUGUCCCUGGGCCCGAUCGACUCCAGCGUGCUCUCUCGGAAUAAGACGGAGGUGGAUCUUUAUAACACGGACCCACUCAUCUGCCGGGCAGGACUGAAAGUGUGCUUUGGCAUCCAGUUGCUCAAUGCUGUCUCAAGGGUGGAGCGGGCCCUCCCCAAGCUGACCUUGCCCUUCCUGCUGCUCCAGGGCUCUGCUGACCGCCUGUGCGACAGCAAAGGAGCCUACUUGCUCAUGGAGUCCGCCAAAAGCCAGGACAAGACACUCAAGAUUUACGAAGGUGCCUACCAUGUUCUCCACAAAGAGCUUCCUGAAGUAACCAACUCCGUCUUCCAUGAAAUAAACAUGUGGGUCUCUCAAAGGACCACGGCGGCGAGAACAGGGUCCCCACCCUGAGUGCACCGUCCAGGCAGGCCAUCCCACAGUUGGGGAAGUGGGCAGAGGAAGGGCAGAAGCUGACCUCUCAGAUGUGACUUGCAAAAAAUAGAUAUAUAUAUAUAUAUAUACACACACACAUAUAUAUAUGAAUUGAAGGAAUCCCUAGCAUAAUUUACUAAAGAAAAAAAAGACA